AUGUUAUUGAGGAAUAUUGAUCCUGAUGUUGGGUUAUGCAACGGGACGCGGUUGCAGAUAACUCAAUUGGCUAAUCAUAUUAUUGGAGCAAGAGUCAUUACAGGGAAACGUGUUGGGGAGAAAGUCUUUUUACACCGUAUUCUAAUAACACCUACAGAUACGAAGCUGCCAUUCAAAAUGAGGCGGAGGCAAUUUCCCUUGAAAGUUGCAUUUGCGAUGACAAUAAACAAGAGCCAGGGUCAAACACUUGCAAAUGUUGGUUUGUAUCUACCUAGACCAGUGUUUUCACAUGGACAAUUGUAUGUUGCUGUUUCUAGGGUCAAGUCUAGGAAAGGGUUGAAGAUUCUUAUAACCGACACCGAUGCCAAGCCACAAGAUUCAACCAUGAAUGUUGUAUUCAAAGAAGUUUUCCAGAAUCUUUUUGACUAUCACGAUGAUGUGUAG